CUGCCACUAGGCCGAAGAAAAUGAAAUGGCUGCUAGAAGCCCUGCUUGGGGAUAAAGGAGAUAUGGGACUUCUCCAAGGCCAGCUGACCCAUACUCUGGCCUGCAAACACUGCAGCAGCGAUAUCUGCCUCCAAAGUCCAGGGAAUAUGAUCAUACUAUUCUUGUUCAUGGUUUGGCAGAUCCGAAGAUGGUGGCAGCUUGUAGGAUGGCAACAGCUUCAGCCCUGGUGCUCUGGAGAUAAAAUGACGCAAGGCAAGGGCCUACAACUUCUGUACCACUUGGUCUUCUCUGAUUGCCCAUGGAAGCAAAAUUCAGAAGAGGAAGAGGAAGAUGAGGAAAAGAAGGAAGAAGAAUCCUUAUCUCUGGAUCCACUAAAACCAUAUUAUCCUUCAGGAUUCUCUACAGCCCCAUGGCAGCCAUCCUGUAGUUCUCAGGGCCUCCCCAGGGCCACAGAGACACGAGAACAAGUACUCACACAACCCCCAAGCCCUUCCAGAUUCUUCCCAACCUUGCAGACCCUGACAGGGAGCUCCCUGCAGCAGAAAAAAAAACAGCUCUUCUGGGGUCUUCCCUCUCUACACAGUGAGUCCUUGGAGACUGAUUUCCUGAGCUUAGAUCACCCCUCUUCACUAAAGUUGUCUAUUUGUCCUUCUGUCUUCUAUAACGAGGUUCCCUUCCUGUGUGUGUACAACCUGUUGCUUCCCUAUUACAACUCAACUUACUAUCCUACCCCUAAAGCCCAUACUUUGGAAGAUCUAGAAAAAAUAGCACCCGGUUCUCAACUAGUUCAAUCUCCACCUUCCCCUCCUAUCCCACGAGUAUCCUCCAAUCUUAAGCCUUUGCUUAAGGGAUGCAUGAGAAUCAUACCUGACACCAAAGCACACACACAGUGGUUUACACAGAACAAAGAGGUUCCUUGUGUCUCUGAGAAUCAAGCCCUGUAUCCACAGCCUGAACUCCAAAAAAUCAGAUCCUCCACACUCUUAUAUUCAUCGGAGGCCUGUAGGGAGAUGGCAGGGGACCUCAGCCUCUAUCAUGUCUCUCUAUUGUAUCCUUCUAACCCUCAGGAAGUCCUAGAUAGGUUUGAGAUGCCAUGGAUAAUCAUGAAACAAAAUGAACACCCAAAAGCCUCUGAAACUGCAAUGCAAACUGCAAGCCGACUCCCAACUUCCCAGACAGAAUGCCAGAGAGUCAACCCCACAGGAGACCUGUCUCAACUGAAAACUCUCUGGGAAACCACAGUGCAAAAAGAGAACCCUCAGAUCUAUGAGGGUCCAGUCUCAGACCCUUGCCAAUUCACAGUGCCCAUGACUGAAGGAAUUGGCCCUCCAGGAACUCCCCCUGGAUAUGAAGCUCAGUGGGGAAUCACACUACAUAAUGACAUUCCCCAAGCUUUUGAUCCCCUAAUGUCUGCUUCCUGUCAACCAACAGCUUCUAUGUCAGAAGUAAAAAAUGUUAACCCCAAAGAAAGACUUUCUGCACCUAAGGACUUCAGGGAAAACAUGGGAUAUAGAGAGAACCCACCUGUUCCCAAGCCUCCAGUCUCAGUCCCCUACCCUCCUCUAGACACCCUAGAACACCAGAAAGAGAGUCCCUUAGAGGAUGUGUCUGGAUUUAAGCCUCAAUGGCAAUACAAAAAAAGCUCAAGCAGUCCCUGGGGCUUUGAAACUCCAACCUUGGACUCCACCAUGGGGUUUUAUGAAACCAACCCUAUGUGUGUCCCAUUGGGAUCUGAUACUCAAUUGAAGGGUACACCUAGUACAGAAAAUCUUUAUGUCUAUGCCUCAUCUCCUAGCCUUCCCUCUGUCUCUCUGCCAGACUUUGCAAUAAUGGGCCCUCAAAGAAUCUUAUUAGAGUCUAAAGCUUUAUGGGAGAUAAAGGAGCAGGAAAAACAUCUGUGGGUAUCUGAUUCCCCAUGUCCCCAUAUACCACCUCUAGUCCCCUUUACAGAACCACAAAGAAUCAAUACUGUGGAUGACUUCCCUAGAUCAGAAGCUACAGGAAAUAAUAUUGAUAAUACAAGAAACUGUCUGUCUUCUGAGCCUCCAUUUCUAAACCUCAACCCAUGCCCAGCUCUUGUCCAACAGACCCUUAGAGUUAGCCCCAUAGAGAGCCCAUUUAAAUCUAAAGCUUGGUGUGGGGAUAAUCAAGCUUGGUGUAGACUUAUUACUCAAAGAAAAAGUAACUUCUUGGCCUCUGAGCUUCCAGCUCAAAGCUUAUCCCAACACCUACUUGGACAUAGCCCUGCAGAAGUCUUUUCUGACUUUGAGCCUGCUGGAGGGUUCAUGAAGCAAAAUGAAAACCACUGUGUUUCUGUAUCCCCAGUUUGGGGAUCCAGUUCACCUCCAAACUCUGUUUUGAAGUUUCACGUAAGUGAGCCUUCUGGAGACCAGUGCAACUAUAAGCCUAUGAAGUCAGGAGGAGAGUGGACAAAGGAUUCCUGGGCCAGUGAUCUACCAGCCCCCAGCUUUUUCUCUGCUCUGUUACAAGAGCUACAUUCUGAAACUGAGUUUGUAUGCAGAAAUGAACUAGAAAGAGAAGCCUCCCAGGGUCCCAAUCCUCCAGUAGUGAAUCCUCUGCAACCAACAGCCUGGCCUAUCCAGCCUGGCCUCCAGAAGGAACGGAUGUUCUCGGAAGCCAAGGCAGAGGCCCCAUCCUCCCAGGGUGAGGCUGUCUCAGUGUCUGACCAUCCUGUGAUCCACGCUUGGCAAUGGAGCAGGGAACUGAAGCUCAGACUAAAGAAACUACAACACAGCUCCACUUUCAAAUCCCCAGACUCUCACAACUCGUUUUACAGCUCCCAAGUUCUUAAUGAGUCUUUGGGACUUUCAUCUUGUCCCCAACAGACUCAUCCUCUCAGUCUGCACCCCUGCUCUUCAAGUAGUCAUUUCCCAAAAGUUCAAAGGGCAGAAGCCCUGCCUGUCCAGGCCCCUCACUGCUCCCACUCCUCUUCUCAACCUCAGGUACGAGCUUCUGGUAGAGCAGAGCAGAAGUCUCAGAAAAAUAAGAUGAUGAAAUGGAAGACAAUGGUCCAAAUCCCAUCUCCAGGGCAUGGUCAUAUGAAGGCUGAUGAAAAGUUUUGUUCAGGAAUGGGAGAUCCCUCAAAUACAGGGGUUCUGGUCUCUGGAAAGAGACACGACAAGACUUUAGCACUACUUUCAACCCAACAGAGGAGUUCCAGAACAUUCAAAGCAGAGAAAUGUGAAAGGACUGCAAGAUUAGGAUCACCCACUGUCACAAGGAAAAACAAGCCUGCCCAGGUCUGCAGACCAGCAGAUGCCUCUAUACCAAGGUUUUCUAAAAGGGCUCAGUAUAGAGUUCAGAGGUCUCCACAUUCUGCUCUUGCUCAGGAGCUUCUUCCAAAUGCUGCUUGUCCCCAGGAUCGGCAAAGGAUAGGCCUGGUGGCUGGUGACACCCAGAAUCCUUGUCCUUGUCAGCACUGUCCUGGGAUCCCGCUAAAGCAGCAGCUCCCAUCCUCCUCACCCAAAGCUCCCCCUAGCAGAGGCUUCCAAAAGUUAUUAGAUAAGUUUCUACGUAUCCAUAGACCCCUGCCAACCAAAUUCAGCCGGUAA